CCUCCCCUCAGCGCGGCCCGGCCCGGCCCGGCCCGGCCCAGCGCCGCCGCCAUGAGUUCGGGGACCCCCUACAUCGGCAGCAAGAUCAGCCUCAUCUCCAAGGCGCAGAUCCGCUAUGAGGGCAUCCUCUACACCAUCGACACCGAGAACUCCACCGUGGCGCUGGCCAAGGUGCGAUCCUUUGGUACUGAAGACCGGCCCACAGACAGACCUGCUCCUCCAAGAGAAGAAAUCUAUGAAUACAUUAUUUUUCGAGGAAGUGACAUCAAAGACAUCACUGUCUGUGAACCUCCAAAAGCUCAACAUACUCUGCCACAAGAUCCUGCCAUUGUUCAAUCAUCACUGGGGUCUGCCUCUACAUCGUCCUUUCAGCCACAUGUGCCUUACAGCCCGUUUAGAGGUAUGCCACCUUACAGCCAGCUUGCUGCCAGCUCUUUACUUAGCCAGCAGUACGCAGCUUCGUUAGGUUUAGAGAAAUUGGUAAGCCCUCCAGCAUCAGCAGCUGCUUCCAGCCCUAGUUCUUCUCCGUCUCCACAACCUGUUUCAGAGCCUGACAUGUCUUCAGAGCCCCAUCAGCUCUCUUCCAAGGGUGCUGGCUUUCCUUCUGUUCACCCAGUCCGCAAAAGCCCCAUGGUAGAGCAGGCUGUUCAGACUGGCCCAGUUGACAACAUGAAUUCACAAAAGCCACCGCCAGUGAAAGUAACUCCAGGGGUUCAGCGCAAUGGACGGCAGGUUCCACAGGGCAACAGUAAGACAAACGUAGAUACCGUUCAGGCAGCACCUGUGCAAACCCAAGGACAGGUGAAUGAUGAAAACAGAAGACCUCAAAGGAGAAGAUCGGGAAACAGGAGAACCAGAAACCGUUCUAGAGGACAAAACAGACCAACUACUGUGAAGGAAAAUACAAUAAAGUUUGAAGGUGACUUUGACUUUGAAAGUGCAAAUGCACAAUUCAACAGAGAGGAACUUGAUAAAGAAUUCAAGAAGAAACUAAACUUUAAAGAUGACAAAGCAGAGACGGGGGAAGAAAAGGGGGACCCUGGAGUGGCAACUCAAAACAAUGACAGUAAUGCAGAGGAGGACCUUCUGGGACCCAACUGCUAUUAUGAUAAAUCCAAGUCUUUCUUUGACAACAUUUCUUCAGAACUGAAAUCUAGUUCUAGGCGUACCACGUGGGCCGAAGAAAGGAAGCUCAAUACAGAGACAUUUGGAGUGUCUGGACGGUUCCUUCGUGGCCGCAGCUUUCGUGGUGGAUUUCGAGGUGGAAGGGGUAGCGGAGCAGCAAGGCGAAACCAAACCACUCACAGAGCUGGUACUGGCAGAGUGUAACUUCAGAGGUUCUAACAUCUUUCCUGAGAGGAUGAAACUGUAUAUAGAAAGAAAACAACCAACUGCUGCACUAAUGUGGGAAAAUGGUUCAUAUUGUUUACUGUCUCAGCUCAAGCGACAGAACUUCAUGUACUACUGCUUAUAUUCUGGACUUAUUUUGGACCAGCAGCUGUCAGCUGGAAUAUUCUUUGGAAGAGGGAAUGUGUUCAGGGGUACCUUCUUCAGGGUGUCUUUUUUUGUUUGUGUUUUUUUUUUUAAGUGCAGACUAACUUACAUGGUUCUUCUUUCUGGGUCUCUCAAAGGCUGCUAUAGUCUAAGCUUAAAGUCAGACUCCUUUUCUGAACCCUGAAGAAGAUAAAUCAUGCUACUUUAACAUGGAACCAAAGCUCACUUGAAAUAAACCAGCUAUAAUGUGUUUGUUCUGAGUAACCAAAUGGAUUCUUUGGUGCUGCUGGUCUCACUGUUCUCGGCAGCAGGUGUGAAGUAGCACCUGGGUAUCUGGAAGAAUGGAUUCCUGGUGCUGAGGAGUUAUGUAUAUUGUCACUUGGGAAUACUGGAUCGUUGAUCAUGUAGUAGUGUAAAUGACUGUACAACUGUUUGUCAGCUGGUACUAAUGUGGAGGUACUGCAGGUUUACACAGAACCGUGACUCCCUCCGGCGGAAGGGUGCUGGGCGUUCCUCAGGGGCGUGGAGCUCCUUACUGGGUCGGGGCAGUGU